GAUCCUCAUUUGGUUGCUCUGAAGUACAGCGUGAAUGAUUAUUACGGGUUUAGUCAAGUAGCCAGCUAUUAUAAUACUCGGCUUAAAUAGUAGUGUAGCUUUUAAAAGUUUUUCUUGUCAGGAGAACGCAAAGGACAAUAUUAUUCAAAACUGUCUUUUCCAAAAGUACUUUCUGUUAAUAGAUUACCGAUAGGGUUAACAUUUCUAUCGUCGCUCGGCUAUUUACGUCUUUUAAGAAUGUAGAGAAGUCAACCUGGAUGGUGAAACUAAAUAAAGUAAAUUACUAGCUAGCUAGCAAGGUAAUUUUUAACCAGCUUGAUGACAAUACUAGCUAAAUGUUCCGUGAAGUUAAUAUGUAGCUAACGUGUUAUUACUUUAUGAAAAUGUCCUGGAAGCGCACAGCUAAAUGACCACUUCAAAUUCGUACGCCCCCGUCUGUUUGAAGUCAUGAUGAACAACACCGGCUACUGCAGCGAGAGUUUCAAUAGCCUGCAGAGUGCCACCAGCGAUGAAGAUAUGGUGGAAAUCGCUGGAGCAACUCUCGAUUUUUCCAGUACGGAUGAUGUGCCUCCUUUGGACCGUGACCAUGGAGCGGGAGGAAUUGGGAAUGGACUGAAAGAGGCUCCUAAACUGAUGGAUUUUCUUGACGAACCAUUGCCUGGAGUGGGCACUUAUGAAGACUUCAACACCAUUGAUUGGGUUCGUGAGAAGUCCAAGGACCGGGAUCGUCACAGAGAGAUUGCCAGUCAGAGUAAAGAGUCGACCUGGGCUUUGAUGAAGAGCAUUAGUGAUGCUUUCUCUGGUUGGCUCCUGAUGUUAUUUGUUGGACUGAUGUCAGGUGCCCUUGCUGGUGGGAUUGACAUCUCUGCUCACUGGAUGACAGACCUGAAGGAGGGGGUGUGUCUCAGUGCCUUUUGGUUCAACCAUGAGCAUUGCUGCUGGAACUCUAAUGAGAACACAUUCCAGGAGAGAGACAAAUGUCCUAAAUGGAAGAGCUGGGCUGAGCUCAUCAUUGGCUCCAAUGAUGGGCCCUUUGCCUACAUUAUGAAUUAUGUAAUGUAUGUGUGCUGGGCCCUCCUCUUCUCCUUCCUUGCUGUGUCUCUAGUUAGGGCCUUUGCGCCCUAUGCCUGUGGGUCAGGUAUUCCUGAGAUUAAGACCAUUCUCAGUGGGUUUAUCAUUCGUGGUUACCUGGGCAAGUGGACUCUGAUGAUUAAAACCAUUACUCUGGUGCUGGCUGUCUCAUCUGGUCUCAGUCUGGGCAAAGAAGGGCCACUGGUUCAUGUGGCCUGUUGCUGUGGAAACAUCCUUUGCCAUCUUUUCACCAAGUACCGAAAGAAUGAGGCCAAAAGGCGAGAGGUGCUUUCUGCUGCAGCUGCAGUUGGUGUUUCAGUGGCAUUCGGUGCUCCUAUUGGAGGAGUUCUUUUCAGCCUGGAAGAGGUGAGUUAUUACUUCCCCUUAAAGACACUGUGGCGCUCUUUCUUUGCGGCUUUGGUGGCUGCCUUCACACUGCGCUCCAUCAACCCAUUCGGGAACAGCCGUCUGGUGCUUUUCUAUGUUGAGUUCCAUUCCCCCUGGCACCUCGUGGAGCUUGUACCAUUUGUGCUGUUGGGCAUCUUUGGUGGCAUCUGGGGCGCCUUCUUUAUCCGAGCCAACAUCAUGUGGUGUCGCCGGCGAAAGACCACACGCCUGGGCCACUACCCGGUGCUGGAGGUGCUGGUAGUGACGGCAGUCACAGCAGUGCUGGCGUUCCCCAACAGCUAUACUCGCAUGAGCACCAGUGAGCUUAUCUCAGAGUUGUUCAAUGACUGUGGCUUGCUGGACUCCUCUCAACUGUGCAAUUACGCAAACGUGAGUGACAUUGAGCGUGGCAGCAAUGCCCUGCCCGACCGGCCUGCCAGCCAUGACGUCUACACAGCCAUGUGGCAGCUGGCGCUGGCUCUCGUGUUCAAGAUGCUGAUUACCGUGGUGACCUUUGGCAUGAAGGUACCUUCAGGCCUGUUCAUCCCCAGCAUGGCUGUGGGAGCGAUAGCAGGUAGGCUGCUUGGAGUGGGCAUGGAGCAGCUGGCAUACUACCACCAUGACUGGGUCCUCUUCAGAGGCUGGUGCUCGCCUGGAGCAGACUGCAUUACACCAGGCCUUUACGCCAUGGUUGGUGCAGCUGCCUGCUUGGGUGGUGUGACCCGUAUGACUGUCUCGCUUGUGGUCAUCAUGUUCGAACUGACCGGAGGCUUGGAGUAUAUUGUGCCUUUAAUGGCUGCCACUAUGACCAGUAAAUGGGUGGCGGAUGCACUGGGCCGCGAGGGCAUCUAUGAGGCCCACAUCCGGCUGAAUGGCUACCCUUUCCUAGAGCCCAAAGAGGAGUUCAGCCACAAGACUCUAGCCAUGGAUGUUAUGCGCCCCCGCCGUAGCGACCCUCCACUCUCUGUCAUAACACAGGAUGGCAUGAGUGUAGAGGAAGUGGAGACUCUGAUCACUGACACAUCUUACAGCGGUUUCCCUGUGGUCGUCUCGCAUGAGUCACAGAGGCUUGUGGGCUUUGUACUACGCAGAGACCUGGUCAUCUCCAUCGAGAAUGCUCGACAGCGGCAGGACGGUGUGGUUAGCACUUCACAGAUUUUCUUCACAGAGUACACACCCCCUCAGCUGCCCAGCAGCCCUUCACCCCUAAAGUUGCGUGGUAUCUUGGACCUAAGUCCCUUCACUGUUACUGACCACACUGCCAUGGACAUUGUGGUCGACAUCUUCCGCAAACUCGGACUGCGACAGUGCCUCGUCACUCAUAAUGGGCGCUUACUGGGUAUCAUCACCAAAAAGGAUAUUUUAAAGCACAUGGCCCAAAUAGCCAACCGUGACCCAGACUCCAUACUUUUCAACUGAAAUUCCACGCAGGCCUUUCUAAUCUCAACCAUUCUUACACAUAGCCACGUGUUGGGCAGGGACCACAUGUCUGAUCCGACCUUUGCACUACGGCACUGUCAGUGCUGCAUGAGAGUCCAGUCACACUGUGAUGGCCAUUUGAGGGCCCCUUUGCUGCAGGCACCACGUUGAGAUGGACAACCUGCAGCAGCAUGCCCUGUGCACUCCAGCAUACACCUUAAUCACUAAACUUGGAUAAAUCAAGAUGCUAAGUUUGGUUUUUCAAGAAGCCAGUCGAUUAUAACAUAUCAAAACUAUGACUUCAUUUUGAAGCAAAAAAAAAAUAAAUCAGUGGAUAUGCACACACUAGGACAAUCCUGAUCAUAUAAGAUAGUGUUCCUGUUUAGCAUAAAUAUAUUGCAACUCCUGCAAAAUGAGGAAACUUGCCUUCAUGGCAUUUGGCAAUUAAGAUCCCAAAGCCUCAUGUUCCUUCAGUGAAAGCAAUGCUUUAUUUGUCUUUUAAUUUAAUUGAAAAUUAAAUGAAUCAGUAGAUUGGGAUCUACAAGCUAUUAAUAACUGAGAAUGCCUCUAUUUUGCACGAUUUCAGUCAUUGGUUGUGCCAGAAAUGCUAUAAAGAAUAGGCUAAAACCAAGUAGCAGAUCAUCAGUAAUUUUAUGUAAAUAAUAACAUUCAUAUAUUUCCUGUUUUCACUCCCUCCAUUUCAUGGUUAAUGUCUAUAUAAAAAUGUGGAAUUAUUUAGCUAAAAACAUUUUCUGAGUUUACAGCACAUGUAUAAAGAAGGAAUGUGUGGUUUUACUGGUUCUGCCUUCAUGUAAUGACAUACAACAUUUAUAGUUUACUUUAUCUAACAUGAAAUAACUGCAGAGUAUCACUGAGAGCUCUGCCCAGCUGGCCUGACCACUAUUGUCCUUGGAUUUUGUUAAUCACAUUUUUUGUCACAUCAGCAAGUCCAAGGGGUUAUCUAAGUACCAACCAGUUUUGACAAAAAUGAUUAAGCAAUAUUUAUUUUCUUCUUCACCUAGUCGCAUAGUUUCAUGAUAUAUCGGCAUUAUACAUUUUGAAAAAUAUUAUAAUUUAAAGCAAAAGAUGUGAGAACUUCUGAUGGCCUGUUUAAACAUAAACAUAGCCUAAUCACUCUACAUCAAGCAACAUUUCUGACUUUGCAGGCAUAAUUACCCAGUUGGAAAUGUAAGCAAGAUAAAGUACUAUGCUAUAUGCAUCACGAUACAUGCAUGGUUGAGACAUUCAGUGAUGUAUCAUUAUAACCAUAUUUUAACUAUAACCUUAAUUCCAGUCAAUGUAUGCCAACAUUUCUCAAAACAGUGUAUAAUAUUUAUAUAUUGGGUCUGAAGGUUUAUUUAAACCUUCCCAAUUUUGAGACAGACUGAAAACGCAUUUCUGUAUUGUGGGCAGGCUGCCAUAAUCUGGACUAUUUGUGCUCUGUGUUAUGCAAGUGAAUUAAUUAGUGAAAUUGGAUGUUAAUGUGAAGGGCAGAAACAAAGGUACAGUUGUAUGAGGCUAAAGGUGAUGUAUCCAUAUGCUUUUGUUGGCUGCCUGUUAAAUUUGUAACACUGCCUUCAGUCUGCUGCAUACAAUAACUGCUAAAAGAAGCUAUCCCUUUGUUUACAUCCUCCAAAGAAGCAUUCAUAUGUAUUGAUUUAAGAUAAACUGAGUCAUCUGAUUCAUCAAGGUCUGGAGUUAAUACUGAUAUUUAGCCAAACAAUUGUACUACAACUUUUUUUUAUUACCUUUACUAACUUGGAAAGCUCUGAAAGACCUUAAAGUAUCAUUGGACCAGUCGUUAUAGAUGCAACAAGUCUCCAAGUCCCAGGGCAUUAAGGUGCCCUGUCCCUUUUUAUUUACUGUUGAUCAGUUGGUACCUCAUUUAUAAGUGUCUGUAAAUGGACAUGUAUGAAGAGCCACUUUUAUGCAGAGUAUUCCCUUUGAUAAAAACAUUGUGUAUUUGUGUUUAAAAAUGUAAUGUCUGUAAUCAGUUGUUUAAUUGUCUAAUCAAUGAUCAUUUAUGUAUUGGUCUAAAAUAUGAAUGUAAUCACAGUAAUUUAUUCAUUAAUAUCUAUAAGACAAGUUGA